AUGGCGCUUCUGGCUGGCACCUUUGGGUUGUGGAGGCUGGGAGUUGGCACCACGCUGCUGAAUUUCAGUGGCCUUCGGGCCCUGGUGACGGGGCAGGGAAAGAUGGGUGUGAGCGAGGCAGGGAUCGGGCGGGACACCAUGAAGGCCCUGCACGCCUCAGGAGCCAGAGUGGUGGCUGUGAGCCAUACCAGUGCCGACCUGGUCAGCCUCUCCAAUGAGGGCCCCGGGGUAGAGCCUGUGUCCGUGGACCUGGGUGACUGGGAGGCCAUGGAGCAGGCGCUGUGCGACGUGGGCCCUGUGGACGUGCUGGUGAACAAUGCCGCCAUGGCGCUGCUGCAGCCCUUCCUGGAGACCACCAAGGAGGUCUUCGACAGAAGUCCUUCAGUGUGAAACUGCACUGUGUUCCAGGUGUCUCAGAUUGUGGCCCGGGGCAUGAUCAGCCACGGAGUGCCUGGCUCCAGCGUGAAUGUCUCCAGCAUGGCGGCCCACGUCACCCUUCCCAACCUAGCUGCCUACAGCUCCACCGAGGGUGCAAUGACCAUCCUGACCAAAGCCAUGGCGCUGGGGCCGCACAAGAUCCGGGUGAACUCGGUAAACCCCACGGUGGUGCUUACCGCCAUGGGCCAGGAAGCCUCGUCUGACCCCCAGUUCGCCCGGAAGCUGAAGGAGCGCCACCCGCUGAGGCAGUUUGCAGAGGCGGAAGACCUGGUCAACAGCAUCCUCUUCCUGCUCAGCGACCGCAGCGCCUCCACCAGCGGCUCGGGAAUCUUUGUGGAUGCCGGGUACCUGGCCUCCUAAGAGCGCGGUGCUCCGGGCGGCCAGAGGGAUGGUGCUCGGCUCCGCCCGGUCCCGCUUCCACGCCCCAC